CACUUUCACUUAAAAUCCACAACACAGCAAAUCCAAUAUGUAUUGUAUUUCUCCCUUUCUCCUCCACCACCUCUUCUCCAACCCAGCAAGCUUGGCGAGAAUUACAACAUCAGGCUGAGUUCUAUGAUCUUUCCAAAAUCAAAUCCUCACGUCACGUUCACUUAAACAUUGAUUGAUUGAUUGAUUGUUGAAUUGAUAUGUAGUGAAAGUGAAUGAGUUUACACUCAUCGGAAUCAACCAACAGUGCGGCGGCAUUGGCAAUUGUUUGAUAAAAUGCUUGAAAGAGAAAACCACACCUCUUCUUAACUCGCUAUGUCUAAUUCCAAUAUAUUCCUUUUCCGGUGGACCCGCCGCACUUUCAGUAGAGGUUUCUGUACUAAGAAGAAGAACUUGGAUUUUACUAAAGUUGAAAUAUCUCGUCUCCCCACCGUCAUCAUUCUCGGUCGACCUAACGUCGGAAAAUCAGCACUCUUUAAUCGUCUCAUUCGUCGAAGGGAGGCUCUUGUUUACAACACACCCGACGAUCAUGUCACCCGCGACAUUCGUGAAGGAGUCGCCAAAUUAGGUCACUUGCGUUUCAGAGUUUUGGACUCUGCUGGUUUGGAAGCUGAAGCCACUUCUGGUUCCAUUCUCCAUAGAACUGCUUCUUUCACUGCUAAUGUCUUGUCUACUUCUCAUUCCUUACUCUUCCUCACUGAUGCUAGAGCUGGUCUUCAUCCUCUUGAUCAGGAAGUUGGAAAAUGGUUGCGCAAAAAUGCACCUCAACUUAAACCUAUUCUUGUUAUGAAUAAAUCUGAAUCCCUCUUUGAUGUUGAUGGCUCUCUUGCUUCUUCUGCCAAUGAAAUGUCCCGUUUAGGGUUUGGAGAUCCUAUUGCUAUUUCUGCUGAGACUGGACUUGGUAUGCAUGACUUGUUUCUCUCACUUCAACCUGUUUUGGAGGACUAUAUGCUGAAUGAAAGUGCUAAGGAGAAUACCUGUGGUGAUGAGUCUAGUUUCCCUGAGGCUGACGAAAGCAAGCUGCCAUUGCAGCUAGCAAUUGUAGGACGCCCCAAUGUUGGUAAAUCAACCUUGCUGAAUACAUUGUUGCAAGAAGAUCGUGUUCUUGUGGGUCCCGAAGCUGGUCUCACAAGAGAUGCAAUCAGAACUCAGUUUGAAUUUCAAGGAAGAACUAUUUAUCUGGUUGAUACUGCUGGUUGGUUGCAGAGGACAAAACUGGAGAAAGGAGCAUCAUCCUUGAGCAUUAUGCAAUCAAGGAAGAGUCUACUCCGGGCUCAUAUAAUUGCUUUGGUACUAGAUGCCGGCGAGAUAGUAAGUGCUAAACGAAGUAUGAAACAUGCUGAAGUAGUUAUAGCCAGACGAGCCGUGGAAGAGGGACGUGGUCUUGUUGUGAUUGUGAACAAGAUGGAUCUUCUAAGGGGAAAAAACAAAUCAGCAUCCUAUGAGCAGGUUCUGGAGGCUGUUCAACAAGAAAUCCAGACAAUUAUACCACAGGUUACCGGAAUCCCAGUAGUAUUCAUUUCAGCAUUGGAGGGAAGGGGCCGUACAACCGUCUUGCAUCAGGUCAUUGAUACAUACGAAAAAUGGUGUACAAGAUUAUCUACAGCUCGUCUUAACCGUUGGUUGCAAAAGGUUAUGAGCAGACAUUCUUGGAAAGACCAGGCAGCACAGCCUAAGAUCAAGUAUUUUACUCAGGUUAAGGCUCGACCGCCUACAUUUGUUGCGUUUGUGCACGGGAAGACCAAGCUUUCUGAUACAGACACCAGGUUCCUAACAAAAUCCUUGAAAGAUGACUUUGAUUUGGGUGGAAUUCCUAUAAGGAUCAUGCAGCGUUCUAUUGCUAAGAAAGAUGUUGGUGGGAGUAGCAAGAGUAGCCAUCCAAUUGGCAGAGUGGCUUUAAGGAUUAAGUCUGACAAGAGAGAUAAAGGCGACUUAGUUGAAUCAAAGGCAUGAGCAUCACCCUAUUCUGCAAAUUGCAAAAGGGAGCUAGAUACCCUCUAAUAAUAUACCUUUUGUUUCCAUAAGCUCCAAAGAAGUGUUUGACCGAAGGAAAUAUUUUUACUUCUGCUGGUGCUGCCUCGAACUAUAAAAAGGGCAACCCGGUGCACUAAAGCUCCCGCAUAUCCGGGGUCCGGGAAGGGCAACCCGGUGCUGCCUCGAACUAUGCUCGAGGUAAAAAAAUCACAAACAAACGAGGUCUUAGAUGCCUACUUUUAUUUAUUUUAGUUUUUCCCUUGACCAGGAAUUCUUGAACCAUGUGUGAUAAUGAUUUAAGUGCAAUUUCAAAUCUGCUGAACCUGUAUAUACCAUGUGUGAUAAUGAUUUAAGUACAAUUUCAAAUAUGCUGAACUUGUAUA